CGUGGGGAUCCCGUGGCGGCCGAGGGCUCCGGACUCGGCUCCUCGCGGCAACAUGGAUCGGAUGGCCAGCUCCAUGAAGCAGGUGCCCAACCCGCUGCCCAAGGUGCUGAGCCGGCGCGGGGUCGGCGCCGGGCUGGAGGCGGCGGAGCGCGAGAGCUUCGAGCGGACUCAGACUGUCAGCAUCAAUAAGGCCAUUAAUACGCAGGAAGUGGCUGUAAAGGAAAAACACGCCAGAACGUGCAUACUGGGCACCCACCAUGAGAAAGGGGCACAGACCUUUUGGUCUGUCGUCAACCGCCUGCCUCUGUCUAGCAACGCAGUGCUCUGCUGGAAGUUCUGCCACGUGUUCCACAAGCUCCUCCGAGAUGGACACCCGAACGUCCUGAAGGACUCUCUGAGAUACAGAAAUGAACUGAGUGACAUGAGCAGGAUGUGGGGCCACCUGAGUGAGGGGUAUGGCCAGCUGUGCAGCAUCUACCUGAAACUGCUGAGAACGAAGAUGGAGUACCACACCAAAAAUCCCAGGUUCCCAGGCAACCUGCAGAUGAGUGACCGCCAGCUGGAUGAGGCUGGAGAAAGUGACGUGAACAACUUUUUCCAGUUAACAGUGGAGAUGUUUGACUACCUGGAGUGUGAACUCAACCUCUUCCAAACGGUGUUCAACUCCCUGGACAUGUCCCGCUCUGUGUCCGUGACGACAGCAGGGCAGUGCCGCCUUGCCCCCCUGAUCCAGGUCAUAUUGGACUGCAGCCACCUUUAUGACUACACUGUCAAGCUUCUCUUCAAACUCCACUCCUGCCUCCCAGCUGACACCCUGCAAGGCCACCGGGACCGCUUCAUGGAGCAGUUUACAAAGCUGAAAGAUCUAUUCUACCGCUCCAGCAACCUGCAGUACUUCAAGCGGCUGAUUCAGAUCCCCCAGCUGCCCGAGAACCCGCCCAACUUCCUGCGAGCCUCAGCCCUAUCAGAACACAUCAGCCCCGUGGUGGUGAUCCCGGCGGAGGCCUCGUCCCCUGACAGCGAGCCAGUGCUGGAGAAGGAUGACCUCAUGGACAUGGACGCCUCUCAGCAGAAUUUAUUCGACAACAAGUUUGACGACAUCUUUGGCAGCUCAUUCAGCAGUGAUCCCUUCAAUUUCAACAGUCAAAACGGCGUGAACAAGGAUGAGAAGGACCACUUAAUUGAGCGACUGUACAGAGAGAUCAGCGGACUGAAGGCACAGCUAGAAAACAUGAAGACUGAGAGCCAGCGGGUCGUGCUGCAGCUGAAGGGCCGCAUCAGCGAGCUGGAGGCCGAGCUAGCCGAGCAGCAGCACCUGCGGCAGCAGGCGGCCGACGACUGCGAGUUCCUGCGGGCGGAACUGGACGAGCUCCGGAGGCAGCGGGAGGACACCGAGAAGGCUCAGCGGAGCUUGUCUGAGAUAGAAAGGAAAGCGCAGGCCAAUGAACAGCGGUAUAGCAAGCUAAAGGAGAAGUACAGCGAGCUGGUUCAGAACCACGCUGACCUGCUACGGAAGAAUGCAGAGGUGACCAAACAGGUGUCCAUGGCCAGACAAGCCCAGGUAGAUUUGGAACGAGAAAAAAAAGAGCUGGAGGAUUCGUUGGAGCGCAUUAGUGACCAGGGCCAGCGGAAGACUCAAGAACAGCUGGAAGUUCUAGAGAGCUUGAAGCAAGAACUUGCCACAAGCCAGCGGGAGCUCCAGAUUCUCCAAGGCAGCCUGGAAACGUCUGCCCAGUCAGAAGCAACCUGGGCAGCCCAGAUCACCGAGCUAGAGAACGAGCGGGACAGCCUGGUGAGUGGCGCAGCCCACAGGGAGGAGGAAUUAUCUGCUCUUCGGAAAGAACUGCAGGACACCCAGCUCAAACUGGCCAGCACAGAGGAAUCUAUGUGCCAGCUUGUGAAAGACCAACGAAAAAUGCUUCUGGUGGGGUCCAGGAAGGCUGCGGAGCAGGUGAUACAAGACGCCCUGAACCAGCUUGAAGAACCCCCUCUCAUCAGCUGUGCUGGGUCUGCAGAUCACCUCCUCUCUGCGGUCAUGUCCGUUUCCAGCUGCAUCGAGCAACUGGAGAAAAGCUGGAGCCAGUAUCUGGCCUGCCCAGAAGACAUCAGUGGACUUCUCCAUUCCAUAACCCUGCUGGCCCACUUGAGCAGCGACGCCAUCACUCACGGUGCCACCACCAGCCUCAGAGCCCCACCUGAGCCUGCUGACUCACUGACCGAGGCCUGUAAGCAGUACGGCAGGGAAACCCUCACCUACCUGGCCUCCCUGGAAGAAGAGGGAACCCUCGAGAAUGCUGACGGCACAGCCAUGAGGAACUGCCUGAGCAAGAUCAAGGCCAUCGGCGAGGAACUCCUGCCCAGGGGCCUGGACAUCAAGCAGGAAGAGCUGGGGGACCUGGUGGACAAGGAGAUGGCGGCCACUUCCGCUGCUAUUGAAAGCGCCACAGCCAGAAUAGAGGAGAUGCUCAGCAAAUCCCGAGCAGGAGACACGGGAGUCAAAUUGGAGGUGAACGAAAGGAUUCUUGGUAGCUGUACAGGCCUCAUGCAAGCUAUUCAGGUGCUGAUCGUGGCCUCUAAGGACCUCCAAAGAGAGAUUGUGGAGAGCGGCAGGGGUACAGCAUCCCCUAAAGAGUUUUAUGCCAAGAACUCUCGGUGGACAGAAGGACUCAUCUCAGCCUCCAAGGCUGUGGGCUGGGGAGCCACUGUCAUGGUGGAUGCAGCUGAUCUGGUGGUACAAGGCAGAGGGAAAUUUGAGGAGCUAAUGGUGUGUUCGCAUGAAAUUGCUGCUAGCACAGCCCAGCUUGUGGCUGCAUCCAAGGUGAAAGCUGAUAAGGACAGCCCCAACCUAGCCCAGCUGCAGCAGGCCUCUCGGGGUGUGAACCAGGCCACUGCCAGUGUCGUGGCCUCAACCAUCUCCGGCAAAUCACAGAUCGAGGAGACAGACAACAUGGACUUCUCAAGCAUGACGCUGACACAGAUCAAACGCCAAGAGAUGGAUUCCCAGGUUAGGGUGCUAGAGCUAGAAAAUGAAUUGCAGAAGGAGCGUCAAAAACUGGGAGAGCUUCGGAAAAAGCACUACGAGCUUGCUGGUGUUGCUGAGGGCUGGGAAGAAGGAACAGAAGCGUCUCCACCGACAUUGCAAGAAGCGGUAACCGAAAAAGAAUAGAGCCAAACCAACACGCCAUAUGUCAGUGUAAAUCCUUGUUACCCAUCUCUGUGUGUGUUAUUUCCCCAGCCACAGGCCAAAUCCUUGAAGUCCCAGGGGCAGCCACACCACUGCCACUACCCAGUGCCGAGGACCUGCAUGACUCUUCCAAAGACUCCCUCCAUAGCGACCCCCUUUCUGUUUGGGCCCAUGGUCAUCUCUGUUCUUUCCCCGCCCCCCUAAUUAGCAUCCAGGCUGGCCAGUGCUGCCCAUGAGCAAGCCAAGGUCCAAAGAGGGAUGGCAGGGGGCAGGGCCACUCAACAGAGAGGACCUCCAUCCAGUCCUGCUGACUGCUUGACCCCCACGCAAUGGGUAUCCUUAAGAGAGGGGCUGCUUGCUGUUUGUUGACAGCUUGGAGAGGGAAGAGCUUAUGCUUUUUCUUUUCUGUUUUCUUCUCAGUCUUUUCAGUUUCAUCAUUUACACAAACUUGUGAGCAUCAGAGGGCUGAUGGAUUCCAAACCAGGACACUACCCUGAAAUCUGCACAGUCAGAGGGACAGCAGGAGUGUCCUGGCUGCGAAUGCCAAGGCCAUUCUCCCCCUCUUUGGGCAGUGCCAUGGAUUUCCACUGCUUCUUAUGGUGGUGGGUUGGGUAUUUUGGUGGUUUUUUUCUUUUUAAGUUUCACUCACAUAGCCAACUCUCCCAAAGGGCACACCCCUGGGGCUGAGUCUCCGGGGCCCCCCACUGUGGCAGCUCCGGCGAUGGUGCUGCCCAGGCCUCUCCUUGGUGCUCCACCUCCGCCUCCACGCUGAGCAGGUGCUGGCCCACGCAGGCCACGCUUCAGGGUCAGGCGGAGCUGCUGAGUGACAGCUUUCCUCAAAAGGCAGAAGCAGAGCGAGUGCCUUUCCCUCCUAAAGCUGAACCCCGGCGGAAAGCCUCUGUCCACCUUCACAAGGGAGAGGAAAACAGAGAGAGGGACAAGAGGGUGCGCACGGCCCAGGUCUUCACAGGACACAUUUCUUAGGAGUUCCCGAGACCAGGCUCAAAAACCUUUAUCACGUGCUUGAACGGAGCUGGUGAGAUCAGCAACACUACUUCCCCCGGAAUGGACUGUGACUGGUCUGUGUCAUGUGGGCCAUCUCCAUUGGCCCAGAGAGGGAGCGUGGGAGCGAUCCCCAACUCCUUUCUGCAGAUGCCUGCCUUGGCAUCCUCUUGAUUCGGAAGAUCAUUCCACCUUCUACGCAAUUGACAAACCCGGAAGAUCAGGUGCAAUUGCUCCCAUCAGGAAAGAAUCCUAUACUUGGUUUGCUGCCCUUAGUGUUUAUUACUAACCUCCUUAAACAGCAACAGCCUAUGGAGAAAUGCUUGGAGCAGUCAGGACUUCAGGUGUGACUACGGCAAGGCUCAGCUUUCUGCCCGGCUACAUCAGCCUUCCAGAAUCAGAAGCAAGGCCAAGGUGCUGGACCGUUACCGACUCGGAUCCCACAGCAAGGAGAUCGUUUAGAGCUCUGGGGUCAGAGAAAAUGAGAAAGGAGGAAACCCGAGGCUCUAACUCCCAUCAGCCACAUGCCCCAGGCUCUCGCUGCCCUAUGGACAGGCUGAGGACAGGGGGCACAUGAACAGCUUGCUGGGGGUGGACAGCCCAAUGGCACUUUUCCUCUUCCAGAUGGACCCCAGCAUUUAAGUGACCUUCUGAUCUUGGAAAAAACAGCAUCUUCCUUCUUUAUCUAUAGCAAUUCAUUGGUGGAAGCCAUCAAGCACUUCCCAGGAUCUGCCCCAACGGAACACUGCUAGGUUUUGCUACAUGACGGGUUGUGAGACUUCUAUAUUUGAUCACUGUGAACCAACCCCCCUCUCCCUAACCCGCACCCUUCCCCAACUCCCUCUCUGUGAAUUUUCUAAGUGGGACAUUCAAAAAAUACUCUCCCAGGACCUCGGAUGACCAUACACAGACAUGUGACCUCCAUACUAGGCUAAGGAAGUAUCAGCAGUAGAAAUUGGGCAGUAUGAUGUUGAAUGCUGCUUUCUACUUCAUAUUUUUUUGUUUGAAGGCUCAGAAGGAAUGGUGCAUAAGCAUCCCUGUCCCAGCUGUGGCAACUAACCCAAUCAGUGUAUUCUUGAUGUGGGUCAAUAUUUCCAAAAGUGGCUAGUCCUCACUUCUAGAUCUCAGCCAUUCCAACUCAUAUGUUCCAAAUUAGCAAUGGGGCAAAAAUUCUAGUGUAUUGUAUCAAAUUAAGAUUCCCUGCCCAGCCAGGUGCAGUGGCUCAUGCCUGUAAUCCCAGCACUUUGGGAGGCCA